GGCGGCGGCGGCGGCGGGACGGGACGGGACGGGACGGGACGGAGCCGCGAUGGAGAAGCCGCGGCGGGCGGUGGUGGUGACGGGGUUUGGGCCGUUCGGGGAGCACGCUGUUAACGCCAGUUGGAUUGCAGUUCAGGAGUUGGAGAAGCUUGGGCUGCGAGAUGAUGUGGAUCUGCACGUCUAUGAGGUCCCUGUUGAAUAUCAGACGGUGCAAAGACUCAUUCCUGCCUUAUGGAAAAAGCACAGUCCCCAAUUGGUGGUUCACGUGGGCGUUUCGGGUAUGGCUACGACUGUGACUCUGGAGAAGUGUGGCCAUAAUGUAGGUUAUAAAGGCUUAGACAACUGCCGUUUCUGCCCGGGCUCCCAGUGUUGUGUAGAAGGUGGCCCAGAGUGUAUCGACUCCAUCAUCGACAUGGACACGGUUUGCAAGAGGGUCUCGGCGCUGGGGCUGGACGUCACGGUCACUAUCUCCAAGGACGCCGGCAGAUACCUCUGUGACUUCACCUACUACACUUCCUUAUACCAGAGCCGCGGGAGGUCGGCUUUUGUCCACGUGCCUCCGUUGGGAAAACCCUACACGGCAGAACAGCUGGGUCGGGCGCUACAGGCCAUCAUAGAAGAAAUGCUGGAUGUUUUGGAGCAUUCCGAAGACAAAAUCAACUGUCAGCAUGAACACUGAAAGCGAGCAGAAGCUAUCCUAGUAUUGCACUUCCCAAAUUUUCCCUUGCUCCUGAAGUAACUGGGGAAAAACGGCCUGAAACCUACGGGCCCAGAAUUGGAGACUUCAAAAAGAAAAGGAAAAAAUAAUAAGAAUAAUAAUAAUCCCACUUCUAGAAAUUGACGGUUUUGGUCAAGUGUGUGCAUUUCAGCCUAGGCAACAAAGGAGUCAAAAAUCUCUUCUUUAAAACACCUGCAACUACUCAUUUCUGAAGUGACUGGAGUGUGUGUGUGUGUGCUGUGCUUUAUCCUGAGCUUAUCUGUCAGCCAAGUGACAGCUCCUGACCACAAAAAUACAGCGCAGACGGAAAGUUUCUCUACUGGACUUGGCGUGGGGAAUUGAUAACCCGGUCUUCUCAUGACUAGUUCUUAAGUUGGAAGGUUUGCUUUUGGUUUGGGUUGGCUUUUUAUCCUCUCUGGCCCAAAUUAGAGGUGGUGAUGUAAAAAAGCACACCUGGAAAGAGUUGGAAAGGCGUGGGUUUGUCUGUUGUAAAACAGCACUUGGGGACGAGGAGUCUUCAAAAUUGCUUCGCUGAAAGGGAAAAACAUUUGAGGCACUGAUUUUUUCCCCCCACAUUGUCCAAAUAUCUCUAGGGUCCUCUGUAAUGUACUGGUUUAACUGGUAGCUGCAGAUAGAAGGGGGGUGGUUUGGGUUCCUUUCGUUGUGGAGCAGGAGAUAGCUCGUUGUUGUUGUUGUUUAACGCAGUAUGAGCCGAACUUGCGCCAAAUAUUUCUCUUUUUUUGUUUUUUUUUUUCCCUCGAUGCCACCUUCCUCACUCAAGUCAACCAUAUACCUCCUGUACAAAACACAUUGUUUCAUAUUGUGUAUAAAGCAAAUCAUUAGCGGUUAAAUAGCUUUGCUAAAGGCCACUUUUCUCCGCAGGAAAUCUUGAUCCUAGACUCUUGGUGCUAGCUGGUUUGUUUUUUUUUUAAGGCGAAGGUUGAGUAAUUUAUAACUUCCUUAGUUAUAAAUUUUCAUUCUUGUUAAAGGUUAGAACGCGUAAUGUUUAACUUGAAUUCUGAGUUGCCACCUUGAUUUAUUGUAGGCAUAAAUAUGCAAGCGUGCGGAUUCGGAGACGUUCUGCCAAAUCAAAAAUCUGAAACCUCUUCCCACUGGCUGUAAACCAGAGGCUGUUAUUUGAAAAGUAGGAAUUUUACUUAGAAUGAGGAUUCCGGGCGGUUUAUUAGUGUCCCCCUCCCAAUGGGAGGGUACAAAGUGCUGCUGCUUGUAUGAACUUUCCCGGUAAUUAAUUAGGGGAAGCGGACGUGCAGGUUCAGAGCAGGACAUUGACUCCAGCAAAAGGUGGAGACGGAUGAUGUUACGGUGGGAACAGACCCAAAACUGGUAAAAAUUGUGAUUGAUGGUGAUUGGUGACCAGUAGGUCUCAUUGAGGGGCCGUUUUAACGAAGAGGUCUGUGAUUUGAUUCUAAUACUUUGACAAAUAUAGAGAUAUAUAUAUAAAACAACAUUUUGAAAGGUUUUAGAAUACCAUUAUUUUAAUUUUUCUAAUGGUGAAUGGUUCUGUUAUAGUAUCUCUCAGUGAGAGCUGCCAUUAACUCGCUGUUUUCCUGUAGAAGUCUAGAGACAAAGGAAAUAUCACUUCUCCUUGUAACCCUUGAGGGAGGACGGAGACUUCUGCAGUUGUAAUAACUUCGCUGAGGGGACCUGUGUGUGAUGAAGAUUUUUUGGAUAGACUUCUGGUUUACGGAGAAAAUUACCCCUGUAUUUACUACACGGGCUUUUCCUGAUCAAAAGAGUUUGCCUUCAAAGUAAAUAUUCUCUUUUUUUUGCAUUCAAAUACAAAGUAGCACUUGUCAGAUUGUCAGCAGGCAGGCAGACUUUCUGAUUAGUAAUUUAUUAUAUUUAAUAUUUUGUUUAAAUAUUCGUGGUUUGACACGUUUUUUGUUGUUUGUUUUUUUUUUUUUUGCAAAUAGUCAAGUUACUUAUCUUAGGUUGAUUCCUUUAUCUGGUAAGAAGUUUUUGUCCUCAGUGUAUCUUAGCUGCUAAACUUUUAAAAGAGGAGAGUAAUUUGCGUAUUCUGCUAAGUUCAGCGAUUCUUUGAAGUAAUUUGGGGUGAUGCUAUUUAAUUUACGUGUUAAUGUAGCUGUGAAUGAAACGGGAGUGGAAUUUCCAUGGUUUAGUGAGGUGAUAACAGGGGGAAAACAAGCUGAUGGUGGGAUGGAAGGUGAUGGUGGUAGGAAGGUUGGAGAUGCCAAGUUGGGGGAAGGUUUGUUUUCUCCAAACUCACCCUCAGGGCAGGCAGGGGUGGGGAGAAGGCUUUUCCACACCACUUUAUUCCACCUGUGGAAUUAUUUCCACACCACUUUAUUCCACCUGUGGAAUUAUGUCCUGUAGAUAUUCCUUCUUGGGUGCUCUCUGCUCUCCGAGGGGAAAAUCUGGAGCCAAUUCCUGUCACUUCUGUGUGUCUCAGGACCACGGUGGUUGACCUCCUGUGUGUCAGUGUUAAAAAGAAUAUCUCAUUUUUUGGAAAUACAUUGCUUUGAGCAUCACUUCGAGCUGUGUGUUUCCUCCUAAUCUCUUUUUUGGUUGAUUU